UUGGAUUAUGUCGUUUACGGUUUACUUUGUUUGUUGUUCUUUCUAACUAAAUAGUUGUAUUUCGUCAGAUCAGAGGGCUGCCACGAUAUGGGAAUGCAUUUUCAAAAGGUAAUCUGUGUUGGCGCCAUUGUUAUUGGUUGCUUCUCGACAUUGCUGAUUAUUGUUUGCAAAUUGCUUGGGGAAAAUAUUUCCAAUGUGUUGUUACUUGAGGAUAAAGAGUUUGAGUUCGAUUAUGUGAUUGUGGGUGCCGGGACAGCUGGUUCCACGCUUACAUCUCUACUGACGAAACACAGCAAUGGCAGCGUGUUGCUGAUUGAGGCCGGCGGCUCAUUUGGCUUCCUUAGUCGAAUACCACUACUGACAACAUUUCAACAAAAGGGCACCAAUGACUGGUCGUUUCUGUCGGUCCCCCAGAAGCACUCGUCAAAGGGUCUGAUCGAGCAGCGUCAGUGUCUGCCUCGCGGCAAGGGGCUGGGUGGAUCGGCUAAUCUAAACUAUAUGUUGCAUUUUGAUGGACAUGGUCCUGACUUUGACGCCUGGCACAAGCUGCACAACCUAAGCAAUUGGAGCUGGACCGACAUACGUCCUUUUUUGGCUGCUGCAAAGCCCAAGCCAGGGGAUCUUUUUGAAGUGCCACGUAGCUAUUCCACGUUAACGCAAGCGCUGGACGAAUCUGAAGCAGAAUUUUCGCAUAAGCCCUGGCAUUUUCGGCGCUCUGUUUAUAACAUAAAGAACGGACUGCGGCACUCUGUGCUGCAGCAAUUCCUGUUGCCUGUACUCAACAGCGUGAAUCUUCGUCUACUGCCUCAGGCUCUGGUAAAAGGCAUUAAGCUGUCUUCAACAUCCAAUCCAAAAGCCAGCUCUGUUGUGGUAGGUGUCAAAGACGAGCACAGCAAGGAGUUGGAGUUCCAUAUUAAAGUGCGACGUGAAUUGUUGCUCUGUGCAGGCGCCUAUCAAACUCCGCAACUGCUUUUAGCCUCCGGAAUCGGUGACAGCACAAAAUUAACCCAGCUGGGUCUGCAAGUGCAACAUCAUUUGCCACUGGUGGGUCAGGGCCUGCAUGAUCACUUUAAUGUGCCACUAUUUGUCUCAAUAGAUACCAUCGGACCUACUCUUAACCAGCGUAUGUUGCUUAGUCCUAUGAAUCUGUUUAAAUAUUUAAGUACCGGCUCUGGAGCCUUCGGAAACUUUGGAGUUCUCGGACAUGUGGCUGGCUAUGAGGAACAGACACCCUUCGGUAUCACGUUCUUUGGCGCCGGCGCCAUAGAUGAAAGUGCCUUCAUGUCUAUUUCCAACUUCAAACGUUCGGCAUUUCGUGCACUUUUUCCACGCUAUCAUAAUGCUUCACAGGAGGGUUUUAUUUUCAUAUCCAGCUGCUUACAGCCAAAAUCUAGAGGGUUUGUUUCACUGCAGCACAAGUCUAUGCGCAGAAAUCCCCUUAUUGAUCCGAACUAUUUAAGCAACAAGCAGGAUGUGGCCUGCACCAUUGCGGCCAUAAGAAAUGCUGUAAAGGUUGUCACAUCCUCCGCUUUUGCUGAAUUAAGACCGCGUAUUCAUUGGCCCAAGCUGCAGGAAUGCGCCAAUUUCGGACCAUUUGAAAGAGAUUUUGUGAAACAGCAGCCCUCGGAUAAUUAUCUGGAGUGUCUUAUGCGUCACAUAGGUCUGGGAUCACAUCAUCCAGGCGGCAGUUGUGCUUUGGGUAGCGUUGUCGACUCUCAGCUUAAAUUAUAUGGCCUUGCAAAUGUGCGUGUUGUCGAUGCCAGUGUAUUGCCCCGACCCAUUUCCGGCAAUCCCAAUACUGUUAUUACAGCUAUUGCUAUGCGCGCAGCCACGUGGAUACUGAAGAAUGAGCUACAAGACAGUUAAAUUAAUAUAAAUUAGCCUUGUUGAUAUAACGAGUCGACGGUUAUCAACAUUUUUGUUAUUUUAAUGUCCUU